AUGGCAAACCCAGAUGAUAUGGAGAUGGAAAAGAUCGCGGAGGAUGAGUUAGCCAAGCUACAGAGACAGUUCCGCGUGAUGGAGAUCGACCGUUCGACGGUAACUAGCAGUGUUCAGCCCACCCUGCGAGUACAGAGAAACAUGAUUCGUUCCCUCAACGCUGAACUCGAGAAGAUCAUGCUUGAACUAAAGCUAACAAAAAGCACGAGUAACGUGAUGGAGAAUGCCCGCACUCGAGAUAAGCUGGUGUGCCUGCUGAACCAGCACGAGAAGUACUCCGGCGAGGUGAGGGAGUACCGCGCCACCAUCAGCGAGCUGGACUUCUUGCUGCAGCAGGUGCAAAAGGAGAUCAAGGGGCUGCGGAGCAAGGGCACCGGCAACGACAAGAAUGUCACCAAUCCAGUUAUGAACCAGACAGUGGUGGCUCAGCUAGAGAACCGUCGUGACACUGCUAUGAAGAAGUUCAACAAUGUCAACAGCGAGAACUUCAAGAUGAGGCUGGAGAUUGACAGACUGCUCCGUGAUCGGCAAUUCUUCAACAACAUCUGGAAGCUGCAGAUCAAAAGGCUCAUGGAUGGCAAGGCUCAGAUCUUGGAGUUGGUGGAACAAGCUAUCACCACCUACGACCAGCGCGAGGAGUGGUGCAACAAGCUAGACGCCUUGAAGGAGAAAGCUGCUAUUGAUUAUGGGAAGCAUUGCUUGGAAGUCCGCGAGCUCCAACGCCAAUUGGACCACAGCAUGAAGCUGGAAGAGUUCCUCCGAACGAAGGGCACUGUCCGGCUGACAGCAGCCGACGCGAAGGCUGAAGCCAAGAGGAUUGAGCAGCAGGAGGAAGAGAUGCGCGCAUAUAACAACUACGUCAAUAUCCUCGACGCCAUUAAGGAGUUCACCGGAGACGACGACGUGGACAAGCUGGUGCAAGAGUUCACUCGCCGCGAGGAGGAGAACUACGCUCUGUUCAACUACAUCAACGAGGUCAACACGGAGCUCAAGACCCUGAGCGACAGCGUCAGGAUGCUCAGAGAUAAUAUUGCUGAAGAGAACGCGAAACACCAAGCCAAGCUAUACAAACAGCAAGACAGCAUAGAAUCCCUGAAGGUGACACUGGAGGAGCGCCGAGCUCGCAACGACAGCGCCAGGGACACUUACGACAGAAGCAACAAUGUUUUAGGUGGUCUACUGCAGAGGGUACAGGGGUUGGCUUUGGAAUCCGAUUGCGACUCUCUGCCCCUACUCCGUCUACUCGGCAAAACAUUUGACAUUAACAAGACCAACGCUCGGCUCUACAUCAAGAGCUUGGAGAAGAAGGUCGUGGAAAUCGUUGAUCUCAUCAAGAUUGAUGAGGCGCUGCAGCGCGCAGCCGAAGCCAAGGAGCGCACCCCGCCGUCGUCGCGGCGCCGCCGCCCGCGCCCCGCCGCGUCCCCGCGCCCGCCGCGCUCCGGGCGCGGGGCCGAGCCGCCGACGCUGCUCGCUACACAGGCUUAG